GCGCUCGCUUCGGCGCUUUCCCCAGCGAGCCGCACUGCCGCUGCCGCUAAUUAACCCCAAGCGGCCGUCGCCUUCCCCCUCCCCUCCCCUCAAAAAAGGCGGAGAGGUGGUGGUGGUGGUGGGCACGAGCACCACCCAGCGAGCAGCAGCGCCGCGGCAGGCAGUAGAGGAGGGAGCGCCAUCAGUGGGGUUGGGAGCCCAGCACUCCCGCUCCGUUCCCGUCCCGUCCCGCGCCGCCGUCCGCCGACCCUGCGCAGUGCCCAUCAUGGUGAGGAAGAAGAGAACUGGCCCUGGUGGCUCUGGAGAAGCUUCUGGAGAGUCUUCAGGGGCUUCUGGACAAGGUUCUUCACAGCGAACUGAGCGAACUCAACAACAUGGUGGAGGACGCGGCUGGGUGCCUCAACAGGGUGGCCGUGGUGGCGGUCAACACCAAGGCCGUGGUGGACACUAUCAGGGCCGUGGAGGGCCAGGGCCACAUCACCCGGGUGGUGGGCCACCUGAGUAUCACCCGCGUGAAUACCACGGACGUGGCGGUGAAUACCAGGGACGUGGCGGUGACUACCAGGGACGUGGUGGUCCCCGCCCCAGAGGUGGAAUGCCACAGCCAUACUAUGGUGGGCAUAGGGGAGGUAGUGUUGGACGAAAUGUUCCUCCAGGUCCAUCCAGAACAGUUCCCGAGCUGCACCAAGCCCCAUAUGUCCAGUAUCAAGCCCCGAUGGUUUCACCCUCCCCAUCGGGACCUGGCUCAUCCUCACAGCCUAUGGCAGAGGUGAGCUCUGGACAUGUCCAGCAACAAUUUCAGCAACUUGCAAUUCGUGGUCAGACUUCCACAAGCCAAGAAAUUCAAGUGGCACCGGCAUCAAGCAAAUCUCUUCGGUUCCCGUUGCGCCCUGGCAAGGGUACUUAUGGGGACAGGUGCAUUGUGAAGGCAAAUCAUUUCUUUGCUGAGCUUCCUGACAAAGAUCUUCACCAAUACGAUGUAUCUAUAACACCUGAGGUUACUUCACGUGGUGUCAAUCGUGCUGUCAUGGGAGAGCUUGUAACGCUGUAUAGACAAUCCCAAUUGGGUGGGCGUCUACCUGCAUACGAUGGAAGAAAGAGCCUUUAUACAGCUGGACCAUUGCCAUUUACUUCUAGGACAUUUGAAAUUUCCUUGCAAGAUGAGGAAGAUAGUCUUAGUGGUGGCCAAGGCGGGCAGAGGCGUGAGAGAGUAUUUAGGGUGGUGAUCAAAUUUGCUGCCCGUGCUGAUCUCCACCAUUUGGCUAUGUUCCUAGCUGGAAGGCAAGCAGAUGCUCCUCAAGAAGCUCUUCAAGUGCUUGACAUUGUACUACGUGAACUGCCUACUGCGAGGUAUUCUCCUGUUGGUAGAUCAUUUUAUUCUCCCAACUUAGGGAGACGCCAGCAACUUGGUGAGGGUUUGGAAAGUUGGCGCGGUUUUUACCAAAGCAUAAGGCCGACACAGAUGGGCCUUUCCCUGAAUAUUGAUAUGUCAUCUACUGCGUUUAUCGAGCCUCUCCCUGUGAUUGAUUUUGUUGCUCAGCUUCUUAACAGAGAUAUAUCAGUUAGACCAUUGUCUGAUUCUGAUCGCGUGAAGAUCAAAAAAGCCUUGAGAGGUGUGAAGGUCGAGGUCACACACCGAGGAAAUAUGCGCAGAAAAUAUCGUAUUUCUGGCCUCACUUCACAAGCAACAAGAGAGCUAUCAUUCCCAGUUGAUGAUCGUGGUACUGUGAAGACUGUGGUGCAAUACUUCAUGGAGACUUAUGGUUUUAGUAUUCAGCACACCACUUUACCUUGCUUGCAAGUGGGCAAUCAGCAAAGACCAAAUUAUCUGCCUAUGGAAGUCUGUAAGAUAGUUGAAGGACAGCGUUACUCAAAGCGACUCAAUGAGAAACAAAUCACUGCUCUACUGAAAGUGACCUGUCAACGCCCUCGAGAGCGUGAGCUGGACAUCUUACAGACUGUGCAUCACAAUGCAUACUAUGAAGACCCGUAUGCACAGGAAUUUGGUAUAAGAAUUGAUGAACGCCUUGCAGCAGUUGAAGCUCGUGUUCUGCCACCACCAAGGCUUAAAUACCAUGAUAGUGGCCGAGAGAGGGAUGUUUUGCCAAGAGUUGGCCAAUGGAACAUGAUGAAUAAGAAAAUGGUUAAUGGUGGCAGAGUCAGCAACUGGGUGUGUAUUAACUUUUCUCGGAACGUGCAAGAUAGUGCUGCUAGGAGCUUCUGUGAUGAGCUGGCAAAUAUGUGCCAAAUAUCUGGAAUGGACUUUGCUCUUCAGCCUGUGCUGCCCCCGCUGACUGCAAGGCCAGAACAUGUUGAGAGAGCAUUAAAGGCACGUUAUCAAGAUGCGAUGAACAUACUGAGACCACAAGGCAGGGAACUUGACCUGCUGAUUGUAAUACUGCCUGACAAUAAUGGUUCUCUUUACGGGGAUCUCAAGAGGAUCUGUGAGACUGAUCUAGGAUUGGUUUCCCAGUGUUGUCUGACUAAGCAUGUUUUUAAGAUGAGCAAGCAGUAUCUUGCAAAUGUUGCACUCAAAAUAAAUGUUAAGGUUGGGGGAAGGAAUACUGUACUUGUAGAUGCUUUGACAAGGAGAAUCCCCCUUGUCAGUGACAGACCAACUAUUAUAUUUGGUGCUGAUGUUACCCAUCCUCAUCCUGGAGAAGAUUCCAGUCCUUCCAUUGCAGCUGUUGUUGCUUCGCAAGACUGGCCUGAGGUCACCAAGUAUGCUGGACUCGUGAGUGCUCAAGCCCAUCGCCAGGAGCUGAUUCAGGAUCUUUUCAAAGUAUGGCAAGAUCCACAAAGAGGGACAAUAACCGGUGGCAUGAUCAAGGAACUUCUCAUUUCUUUUAAGAGGGCAACUGGACAGAAACCUCAGAGGAUCAUAUUCUACAGGGAUGGUGUCAGCGAGGGACAGUUCUAUCAAGUGUUGCUGUAUGAACUUGAUGCCAUCAGAAAGGCUUGUGCAUCCUUGGAGCCCAAUUACCAGCCUCCAGUUACUUUUGUGGUAGUUCAGAAGCGGCAUCACACUAGGUUGUUUGCUAAUAACCACAAUGAUCAGCGUACGGUUGAUAGAAGUGGGAACAUACUGCCUGGCACUGUGGUUGAUUCAAAGAUUUGCCAUCCUACUGAAUUUGAUUUCUACCUGUGUAGCCAUGCUGGCAUUCAGGUUGAUUCUUCAUCCUCUUUUUCAAUCCAUCACUUGAUAGAUGGGCAAGUGAUUACUGAUUUGAAGUUUUCAUCUAUUCAGGGAACAAGCCGCCCAGCUCAUUAUCAUGUCCUGUGGGAUGAGAACAAGUUUACAGCUGAUGAGCUGCAGACUCUGACAAACAACCUGUGCUACACGUACGCCAGGUGCACCCGCUCCGUGUCAAUUGUGCCUCCAGCAUACUAUGCUCAUUUGGCAGCCUUCCGGGCUCGCUUCUACAUGGAACCAGAUACUUCUGACAGUGGGUCAAUGGCAAGUGGUGCCCGUGGCCCUCCACCAGGUGGGGCACGCAGCAGCAGGGCUGCAGGGAGUGUUGCCGUUAGGCCCCUGCCCGCCCUCAAGGAAAACGUGAAGCGCGUCAUGUUUUACUGCUGAGAUGCUGUGCAGCCUCCAAGGAGUACCCUGGAGUAUUCCAUGUACCAGCCCCAUUUCGAUGUUACUGUUGGACUCUGCUGUUAUGCAUUCAGACUAGCCCAAUAAUCUGUUGGUUUCAAGUACCUGUACUGUAUCGGUGAUGCUGCGAACGCUGCCAUUGGGAGCUUUGUUUUAGUGUUUGAAUUGAACUAUUUGUUGCAAGUUGUAGCCAGCCGCAAUUAAGACUGGUAUGUAUUGACGAACCAUUGUUCUGCGAGGCUUGCUUGUGAACUAUUUGAUGUAAGUUGUAGCCAGUCUUUAAUACUGGUAUGGCAGCUUGUUUCUUAGUAACUAAUCUUAUAUCA